CACGCGGUAUGAUCUUAAGUUCGAGGUAUAACUGAAGAACCUACUUGCUCAAUUAUUUUCUUUCACAUGGAAUGGAAUGAAGGACCUUGAAUGUUUCUGAUGGUCUCGGAAUAUGUAUUGAAUUGAGAUUAAGAAACUUGACACAUCAAACUAUUCCACUACAAGGAUGAGCAGUAAAAGUAGUUGAUUGCCUUUCACCAUGUCGUCAUCAGAGAAACAUGUGACUGAACAUCUGUACAAGGUGCUAGUUAUUGGAGAGUUUGGAGUUGGUAAGACAUCGAUCAUUAGAAGAUACACAGAAGAUAAGUUUUCACCAAACUACAAGCUUACGAUUGGUGUUGACUUUGCUUUGAAACCCAUCGACUGGGACAAUACGAGACGAGUCAACCUACAGCUAUGGGAUAUCGCCGGCCAUGAAAGAUUCGGUCACAUGACCAGAGUGUACUAUAAAUAUGCGAUUGCUGCAGUUAUAGUCUUUGACUUAUCAAGACCAGCAACAUUUGACUCAGUACUUAAGUGGUACUCGGAUGUGAACCAGAAGGUGAUGCUUGCCAAUGAACAGCCAGUACCAGUCCUCCUAAUAGCCAAUAAGUGUGAUCUUGAAGACACAGUGCUAGAUGCUAAUAUGCUAGAGGAAUUUUGCCAUAAACACAACUUCAUCGGUUGGUUUGCCACGUCAGCAAAAGACAAUGUCAACAUCGAGGAAGCCAUGAGGUUUCUUGUUCAGAACAUCCUGGAGUUGACGACAGACGCAGCCAAACCCAACGAGCACAUCUCACUCCACCAGGACAAGGACUACUUCGAGACAAUCGACGAAGAGGAGGACAACCUGAGCCUGGCUGAGGAGAAGAGCAGAAGGAAAUGCUGCCCUCAAUGAGCAUCAACUCAUUUCAGGAGAUACGAAAUCAUCAACGUGGUUACUUUUAAUGAAUGGGAGGUUUGCGGUAACACCAUGUGAAUGAUAUCUCUCAGUGAGUUGUCUGGUUUCUGAGAAGAUUCAGUUGGUUUAACUCGACGUUUCAAACAGUAUGCUCUGCUCAUCUUCAGGUGACUGCCGUGCUCUAGCUGGUGUAGUAGUUCACCAUGGUAACUUUACUUGUUUUAAGCCGUGUCCACAUUGGACUUCUUUUGGUUAAGCUUACCCAGACGAUGGGUACUUUUGCCAUUUAAGUCCAGUGCAAACAGCCCAGAAAAAGUUUCUCUUGUGGUUACUUUUCUCAAGUCCAGUGGUUACUUUUACCUGCAGACAUUUUUACCCCGGAAAAGUGACCUGAUCAAUUUUCCUGGUCAAUUUUCCAUUUUCCGGACACUGCAAGUCAAAGGAAAGCUGUACAUUGUUAACAUGAUUAAGGAAAAAAAAAUAGGACGACCGAUCAUGUGGACACAUGUUUUAUGCCCAACUCGGUUACUUUAGCCAAGGUCUCGGUAAAAUUAUCCCAAGUCAGAAGUCCAAGUGCGGACACUGGUAAAUGUUACCCAUUAGGUUUUUAACCAGUCGUCUCAGUAAAAUCUUUUUAAAAAUUAGUCCAAUAGGAACAAGGCUCUAUUCAUUGUCGGAAAAAGAAAAAAAAAUCAGACAUCAAGCGUUUUCAAACUUUUUAAAUUUUAAACAGUGUUGAGGGCAGUAUAUCAGUUGGGCAGUAUUUUGCAAGCAGGUCAGCAUGCAACUGUUGUCUUUCACAUUAUUUUAUCAAUAGUGUGCCUGAAAUGUUAACCACUUAUUCUUGUAUUGUUUUCUCUAAGAUAAUGAAGAACUUGAGAAGAAGAAAAAAUUGUUCCUGUUCAAUGUAUCUGUAAAUUAUAUAAAAGGAAUAUUUAUAAUAAAUGUUUUGUUUGUUUUGUAUUUUAAAGCUUAUCUUUCAGCAUUCACAAGCAUAAAUGCAAUCAUUUUAUGAUCGUUUAAGCUAGUAAUUUUUUAAAAAUAAUUAGAUUUGGUAUUUCCUGCUGCGUAAUGUGCACAUCUAGAUAAGUGAAUUGGAGCUGUGCGAUAGAUGCACCAGUGGACACAUUUGGACUCCGUGCACGAACUGAAGACGGGGGCAUUGUGACCACUUUCAAAAACCCCUUGGGAGGGACACGUGUGUUGGAUUAUGCCCAUUAUGGCACUUCGUAAGAGCAGCUCAUUUCGUUCCAGAUGUGCUCAAAUCAUAGCGUCUUCACGUGAACAUUAGGCGCCAUCAGCAAUGCAGUCGAAUGCCCCUGCCGGUGGUCCCCCCAACUCUCCCUUUGUAACCGUUGAGGAGGUACUUGUGCACGGAGUCCAGACAGGGCGAGUAAAAAAAA